GAGAGCUGCUUUUUUCGGCAAGCGUAACAUCAGCUGCAUUGAGCUUGUUCGGGAACACAAAGCCCCAUUUGCUGCCUGCAAGGGUAUUCGUAACUGUGAACUGCAUUUAUGUCAAUCGAAGCGCAGCCAACUUCACUGCGAAACUCGCCGAAAUCUGAAAACUGGAGCCCUACUCACUCAGUGAAAUACAAACGCGAUGAAUAACGAGCUUAAGGCCAAUCUGGAACUGUGCGGCCGUACGGCCGUAGACUUUACGGGCUUGUACUACGCCUUUCUGGACAAUCGGCGCGAUGAAAUGGGCUAUUUCUAUUUGGACAAUGCGAAAUUAACCUGGAAUGGCAUGUGCACAUAUGGCCGCAAUGCCAUUGAACAAAAGUUCUUGGAAUUGCCGUCGUCGCAUCAUGAGCUGAAAACGCUGGACGCCUUACCCAUGCCGGCCUCCAUUGUGGGGAAUCAGCUGACAACCACGAUCCUGGUCGGCGGAAUCGUCCAGUAUCCGGGGCAGCCGAUGUGCACCUUCAAUCAAGUCUUUCUCGUAACCUCUGAGAGUGAUAAAUGGAAAAUCUCCUCCGAUUUGUAUCGCGUUAAGCAGCCAAUAAACUAA